AUGAAUAUCACCGAAUUGGAGCAUGUGCGCGGGGUUUGGGAGCGAACCAAAAAUGACAGCCCUAUCUAUCGCCUUCUUCUACCCGAUGUCGAUAUCAUUAGUGCAACACGCGGCCACAUGCAAGCCCGACUUAAGCUCACGGCGGAACAUGUCAAUUCCAGGGGCACCAUUCACGGGGCUGUCUCUGCAGCUAUCAUUGAUUGGGCCGGGGGCAUGUCGAUAGCCACACAUGGAUAUGAGAGAACAGGCGCAAGCAUUGAUAUCCACGUUUCAUACCUGUCAACUGCCACUAUCGGAGAUACCCUGGAUAUCUCUGCGGUUGCUGAUCGGGUGGGGAAGUCAAUGGCCUUCACGACUGUCAAAAUUUCCCGAGUCAUCGACGAUCAAGUGGGCCCCUUGGUUUCGAAGGGUUCACACACAAAGUUCCUACCUGUCUCCAAGGAGAAUCGUGAACCUAAGAGUUAA